UAGUUGAAUUCAGGAAUAUGACUCUAUGGUGGAUACUAGGAUUUUUGAUCCUGUGGACAGUCUCAGUGGGCUCAAGGAAAAGCAACUAUGAAGUCCGCUUUGAGUCGAUAGAUCCCAUUGAAGGAAAUACAAAAACCCUAUUUAUAUACCAGCUACGAUUGCUCGGCAGAGAACGCAAGAUAAAUGGAACUGUUACUAUGUUAGAAGACUUGGACGAAACGUAUGAAAUUCUUUUCGAAUCCCACGCAUUUAAGAAUGGAUUUUGGGUCAAAGGAAUUGUGAAUGUCAAAAGCAAACCAUGCGAAUUUUUUGAUCGCUACUACAUUUCCUAUUUCCGUGUAUUAUCGACCGAAUCGAAUUUACCCACUACCGGUGCUGAAAUGUGUCCUUUUCGAAAGGGUGAAUAUUUUGUGAAAGAUGGCGUUGUGUCUACCGACGAUUGGCCACCCAUUGUCUUCAAAGGUCUUAACAGAUUCACGGUUUUGUAUAUGAAAAAUGGCAAAAUUUGGGGGGGAGUUGAGCUUACAGUAAGUAUAGCAGAAGCCGAUGAAUAGUUUUAAACAGAAUUUAAAAAUGUAAAACACGGCAAAAUAAAUUGCAUGGUAAUACUUUCUGCCGAAAGUAAAUUAGCUUAUAUAAAUAAAAGUAGUUUUUAAAACCAUCCAAAGAUCAAAAGUACAAUUAUUUCCUUGUGUGUGUAUGUAUAGCCAAGCCAUUUUUAUAUAUUUUUCUUACAUUUUUGAUUACAGUUUAUAGUUACAGCUAAAAUGAUUGCAUUCGAAAUUGUUUCGUUUCGUUUACACGGAGUAUGCGCAUAUAUAUAUUUAGCUAAGAAUCUCUUUUAAAUAGUAAUAGGUUCUUUAAUGGGGUUUCACAUAAAUAUUUACAUGCACAUGUGCACAUCGAAUUGUAAUAGUUAUUUAUUUAUCGUUAUAUAUCGCUUUUACGUUCCCAGUUCAGAUCCAUUUCUAAGGCUCGUCCCAAGCAACCGUCUCCAGCGUCGGAACUCAAUCUUGUAUCUAAUUGAAGAGAGAUUAUGUCGCAUUCAUCAAUUGCAAUUGCUAAUCGGCCGAUAAUUACAGCAGAUUAACAGAUGAUUGGUUAAUCAGGAAAUCAAUGACAAUUACAGCCGAAUACAAUCAACUCAACGAUCAAAACUUAAACAAAAGGCAAGCAGAAGCAUUUUGCGAUGGACAGCGACAAUUAACACAUGCACCAAUCAAUUAACACAUCUGCGACAUUUUCGAACUGCGUAACAACUAAACACUAAAAAUAA